AUGCACAUCGGCGGCCUGAGAACAGCACUCUUCAGCUAUCUCCUAGCCAAAAAGACGGGAGGACAGUUCCUCCUGCGGAUUGAAGACACGGAUGCAAAACGCUUCGUCAAAGAUGCCGAGCAGAGACUCUGCGACGAUCUUCGAUGGGCGGGUCUUGAAUGGGAUGAAGGUCCACAGAUCGGUGGUGCUUUCGGACCUUAUAAACAAUCACAGCGCAAUCAUAUUUAUCAGGAGUAUGCCAAACAGCUUGUCGACUCUGGAUCUGCUUAUCGCUGUUUCUGUGCUUCCACGAAUCAGAAUGUUGGAAAUGUUGCGUAUUCCACCGGAGGAUGCCAUCAAAGUUGCUCGUCGCUUCCAUCUGCGCAAGCGGAAGAACGGGCGGUAGACGGGAAAGAGGCAUUCACAGUCCGCCUUCGUCCACCUCCCGCCAGUGCAAAACGAGUCUUUCCCGACUUGGUGUAUGGCAAAGUUCAGCGAUUGAAGCGCUCACCAAGCGGAGCUCGAUCCGAGGAUGGAAAUGGCGAUGUCAUGGACGCCUCAGAUCCCGUCCUUGUCAAGAGUGAUGGUAUUCCAACAUAUCACUUCGCCAAUGUUGUUGAUGAUCACCUCAUGAAGAUCACCCACGUCAUCCGUGGCUCGGAGUGGCUGGCCAGUCUGCCAUUGCAUUAUGACCUCUACAAUGCUUUCGGAUGGGAACCUCCACUCUUCGCCCACGUGGGAUUGCUGGUGGAUCAAGAUGGCGCGAAGCUUUCCAAGCGAAGCAAUAAUGCCUUUUCUCUCGACAUCCCCACGCUUCGACGAGAACAAGGCAUCCUUCCUGAAGCACUCCGCAAUUACCUCGCACUUCUAGGAUGGUCCAAUCCCCAAAGAGAAGACCUGAUGGAUCUCUCAGAGUUGAUUGAAAACUUUGACCUCAAAUUUGUCAAGGGCAACGCAGUUGUAACGCCCAACAAAUUGUGGUAUCUUCAAAAAGGCCAUGUGUUUCGCCGUUGCAAGACGGUCCAAGAAAAUGGCACUUUGGAACCCAUCCAACCGAUUGUGGAAUCCAUCGAAAAGGAACUCCUCUCCCUCUACUCCGCCUCGGAUAUCUACACCCGCGACCUGCCACUCCAAUCCUACAUCGCCCAAGUUCUCCUCAUAGACGCAAAGGACUACAUCACAGCACCCCAAUUCGUCGCCCGAAACCAGCACUUCUUCCACUUUGAUCACUCACAAGUACCCACGACAACAACAACAACAACAGUGAUGCCAGAAGACAUCACGCUGAUAAACAAAGAAUCUCCUCAACAACUCCUCUCCAGAUUCCUCUCAGGCUGUGAUUUGCAGCAAUCUUUCCAAGCAACAACUUCUGCUCAAAUCAUCCCCAAAACACCCGAAGGUUCACACGCUAUAAUGGACGCUCUAGCGAAAGAUAUAUUCGCCGCUCUGCAAAAUACAAUCUACCGUUCCAUGCUCACUCAAAACCACCCCUCACCAGAAAUAGGCGAGCGAGUGAUGAUCGGUCUCAGAUUUCUCGAGCAAAAGAGAGCUUCUCCCGCACAACUCGCCGCGUACGUAGCAGGACAAUUGGGAAAUGGCAUCACCCCCGACGAAGUUUUGUCGCAGCAGAAGAGCUGUUUGAAAGUUUUGAUGAAAGUUCUGAGGACGAAGUUGUGUUAUGGCUUGCCGGGACCGAGUAUGGGGCAUGUUAUGGCUGUUUUGGGGUGGGAGGAAUGUUGUCGACGGAUGGGAGUGGAUGGAAGUGAGGCGAAGGGAUGA